UUUUCGCACGGGUGGCUUUCGACGUGGCUGAACUGUCCAGAGAGAUCCGACUCUCGCCUGAGAUGGCGGUGCAACUUCAAAGGAAGUGUGAUGGGCGAAUGUGUGAGGUGGCCGCCAGCGGACCGGCCUGAAAUGAACAUGCACACAUGCCGGCGAAGGGGCGGAGAAAAUUUCCGAGGAGGGGGAGUGCAGGCGGCAGGAGGAUCGGGUCUGUCCAGCUAAUCAAGCAUCAACUUCAUCAUCAUCACCGCGGAGGCACCGUGAACAGUUACUCAUAUAGGAAGUGCAUGGGUAAUCGGAGGAAAAUGAGCGGCGUGGCUUUGAUGAGUUGCAGAUAAAUAAAGUUUCACAGUUAUUAUGAGGAUGCAGAAA